AUGGCAAGUUUUGGGAGGGUAGCGCUUGUUUUGUUGUUUGCUUUGCUCGCGAGUGAGAUCGCCCAUUGCGCUUACACUCGCCCCCCUCGCUGCAAGGAUCUUCCAUUCGCGUGCCGAAAGGACGCGACAGGGAAUUACAAUGGGAUUUGCGAGUGCGCGUGCUGCAAUGGUGGGCUUCCAGGUGGAAAUUCGCUCUACUGCGACAAGAAAGCGCACAGCGGAGAUUCGAGCGCGGUUUCGCGAAUUCGAUCGUGCCGGACGCUGUCACAGGCCAAAGAUCUGCACGCCGAGCUGCUUAAAUCAUCACCCGGGAUCACAAACACUUUCCUCUCGAAUCUUCUGCUCCAAAUGUACUCGCGAUGCGGGAGCGUCGACCUCGCGAGGCGAGUCUUCGAUUCCAUUCCGUCCAGGAAUGAUUACAGCUGGGCGCUGAUGCUCACGGGUUAUGCCCAGAACGGGAAUCUCCACGAUGCCAGAAAUCUCUUCGACCGGAUGCCCGAGAGGGAUGUGGUCACCUUCAAUGUCAUGCUCAGCGCGUAUGCCCAGCGAGGGCAUCUGGAAGAUGCCAGGAAUAUCUUUGACGCGAUGCCGGAGAGGACGCUUAUCUCGUGGACAGCCAUGCUUUCGGCAUAUGCCCAAAGAGGGCAUCUGAAAGAAUCUAUGAAUCUCUUCCCCAGGAUGCCUGAGCUUGACACGGUAUCUUCCACAAUGAUGCUCUCCGCGCUGUCCAAGCGGGGAAAGAUCGCACAGGCAAAACGAAUCUUUGACGAGAUGCUCGAGAGGGAUGUGUUCUCGUGGAACGCGCUGCUGGCAGGAUAUUCCCAAAACGGCCAACUGGAUGCCGCGUGGAACCUCUUCAAAUCCAUGCCGGCCAGGAAUCGAAACCAGAUCACCUGGGAUACUUGCCUGACGGCUCUACUCGAGGGAGGGCGUUUUGAGGAAGGUAGCACCGUCUUCCGGCAAAUGCCCGCCCGAAGCAUCGUGUCGUGGACGGUGAUGCUGGGCGCGCUUGCGGAGGCGGGCAGAACCGACCAGGCAAAAGAGAUAUUCGACAGCAUCCCCGAGAGGGAUCUUGUGUGCUGGACGUGCAUGCUGACGGCAUAUGCCCAUUUCGGGGAUAUUCUGGCAGCGCGCCGUAUGUUUGAUUCCAUGCCGGAGCAGGACAUGAUCGCCAAGAACGCCAUGUUGGCGGCAUAUGCCGGCAGGUCUCAGCUAGACCAGGCCAAGGGGGUGUUUGACGGUAUGUCCGAAAAGAAUCUAAUCUCGUGGAACUCCCUGCUCAUGGCAUAUGCCGAGCACAAGGAGUUUGCCUUGGCAAAGAGCCUUUUUGACAAAAUGCCCGAGAGAGAUGUGCUGUCGUGGAACUCCAUGCAAGCAGCGUGCUUGCAAACCAAGCGCCAGGAUGAUGCCACGCGUCUCUUUUCGUCCAUGCCGGAGACUAACUUAGCGACGUGGACUGCCAUGCUGGCUGCAAAUGCCGGAUCCGGGCAUCUUGACAAGGCAAAACAUUUGUUUGAGAAUAUUCCCGAGAGGAGCGCCGGGAGCGCCACCUUUAUGAUCGACGCCUAUUCCGAGCGAGGCAACCUGGAAGAGGCCAAGAAAAUAUUCGAUGAGAUGCCAGAGAAAGAUGCCAUCGCAUGGACCUCCAUGCUGGUGGCAUAUGCCCGGAGCGGGCAUAUUGACGAGGUAAAGAGCGCGUUCAAUGGAAUGCCCGAGCAAGACACGGUCGCCUCGACGGCGAUGCUCUUCGCGUAUGCCCGGAACGGGUAUCUCCAGCAGGCCGAGGAAUUCUUCGCCGCCAUGCCCGAGAAGGACAUCGUCUCCUGGAACUCGAUGCUCGUUGCCUACAGCCACAGCCAAAGCCUCUCCAGAGCAAAGGCCUUCCUGCUCGCAAUGCCAGACCGCGACACCAUCUCCUGGAACUCCAUCCUUGCGGCGAAUUCUCACAAGGUUGGCGAAGGUAGCUUCGAGCAAACGAUGGAGCUGUUUUGCAGCAUGUCCGUGGAUGCCGUCCCAGCCGACGACGCCACUUUCAUCUGUGUUCUUCUCGGCUCCAGCCAUGGAGGCCGCCUCUACGACGCGCGCCAGUGCUUCGUGUCCAUGGGCUUCGACUUUGAAGUGCCAGCCACCAAGCAGCACUACUGCUGCAUGGUGGAUCUCGUGGGUCGGGCCGGAUACUUGAGAGACGCUGAGGAGCUCGUCGAGACGAUGCCGUUUGUUCCAGAUCUCGUGGAGUGGACGUGCUUUCUGGGAGCUUGCAAGACCCAAAAGCAUCGAGGGAGCGGUGCUACGAGAAAGCUCGACCUGCACAAGCCGCAAACUUAUGUUAUGGCUUCCAACCUUUGUAGUCAAGAAAUCGUUUAG